AUGCGAGGGGAAUGGAACACCAAGGCGGUGCGGGAUGGACUGGAUGCCAUCUUGUGCCAUGCAGAGGCGGUUUACCAGGCCAACAUGGCCAACAGAAAGGCGUCUUUAGGGGGCCACCUACAGCCCAUGCUGAAGGAUUUCCACCACAUGCGCAUGCGCGUGCUCCCCUUCCCUCUCCCUCUUCUCUUCUUCCCACAAAUCUCCCUCUCUCACCACCUUCAGGCCAACAUGGCCAACCGAAAGGCCAACAUUGCCAACAGAAAGGCGUCUUUAGGGGGCCAUUUACAACCCAUGCUGAAGGAUUUCCACCACAUGCGCAUGCGCGUGCUCAUUCCCACGUACCCCUGCCCCUAUGAGGAGAGGGUGGGGGCGUGGGGCGUGGGAGGGAAGUGGGUAUGCCUGAUUCCAACUGCAGUUCAAGCCAAGCCAGUUGUCUACAGUGUGGGCAGCGACGAGGAGUACUCUUUUGAAGAGUCAAUGUUCCGCCACUACCGCUCGCAGCCCUACACGCUCGACCCCUUCCUCUCCCCGCAAGCCCAGGCGCGCAUGCAGCUGCUGCGCUUCCUGCACUUUCACUCGCUGGGGCUGGCUGGGAAAGCAUCGUUAGGCGACUACCAAAAAUGGAACCCGAAUGUGACUUUCCGCACGCUGCCUGAAUUGAUGCAGGAUCUCAACCACGGCAUCUUCUUACAUCGGCAUUCUGAAGCUCAGCUGCGGGGGGAUCUCAACCACACAUACGUCGACAUUCUGAAGCUCAGCUGUGGGGGUUGUGAGGAGGAGGUGAUAUUUGAUGUGUAUGAGGGCAGUGUGAAUGGGACUGCAGGGGGAGCAGGGAGGGGAAUGCGGGAGAAGGUAGAUCAGUUCCGUGGCAGUGGUAGUGGGGGAGUGAGGAACUAUGAGGAGGGGAGGGAAGAUGCAGUGGACCCUUCUGUUGGUGCUCGACUGGCCAUCAACGGAGGGAAGCUUCCUUUUGGACAACUCGUUGUCGACUUUCAUGAGUAA